AUGGCUACAAUUGCGAAGAUUCAUACCUAUGGCAUCAAGAUGGAUUAUCACAAGGGACGUUCGGACACUGGUGGCAUUUAUCACUUGGAAUUGGCAACAAACAACUAUGACGAUGGCUUUAUGGCCCAUGGGGGAACCAAGGCACAACUGCAGGCGUCUCUUUAUGUUGACAUGGCAUCCCAUUGGCGGCAUGUGCAUCAAAAUCGUCUUUCGAGGUGGCUUUCCUGUUACAAUUUGGCAUCAUCAAGUUCUUCCAAUUCAAUGGCAUGA